AUGGAAGUGAAUUCAUUGACGGAAUUAUUAUCACGGCUUAAAUUAGAAAAAUACAUCGAAAUAUUUGAAAAUGAAAAUAUCGAUUUAAAUUUAUUCUUGGAGCUUAAUGAUGCUGACCUCACGGAGAUCGGUAUCAAAGCGUUUGGUCCACGUAAAAAAAUGCUGAAUGUUAUACAACAAUAUCGAACGGAUGGUACGCUUAUUCUUUGUACAAAUGAUGUGAAACCAGUCCCAUCUCCCUAUAUCAAGGAAACAGGACAAUCGGAAUCACAUUCUCAUCAGGUAACGAAUGAAUUAAUGGAAUGUCAACAGCGUUUAGCAGAAUGUCAGCAAGAAUUAAAACAAGCCCGAAGUUUAUUGAACGAACACCGUUCAACAUUAAAUUCUAUCUCGGAAGCUUGUCGACAUUCACGGAAAAUAGCCUAUGCUAUGCUUCAAGAAAUUCGACAAGCAAAUGGUGUAAGCAGCACUUUGGAAAAGGACAUACUUGCGGUGAUCAAAAAUAUCGACAAUAUUCUAAUGAGAAUGCUUGAGCUUCCACAGCAGUGA